AUGGAAGCCAAGAAGUCCAACAAGAUCAGAGAGAUCGUUAAGCUUCAACAGAUCCUCAAGAAAUGGCGGAAACAAGCAAAUGCAUCAAAAGCAGCCAAAAGCAACAACAACAACAACGAAGACAACAAUGACAAUGGCGUAGGAAGCAAGAGCAUCAAGUUUCUGAAGAGGACACUGUCAUUCACAGAUGCAACAGCGGUGCCUAAAGGGUACUUAGCUGUCUCGGUAGGGUUAGAGAAGAAGAGGUACACAAUACCAACAGAGUACCUUAGCCACCAAGCUUUCCAUGUUCUUCUCCGUGAGGCAGAAGAAGAGUUUGGGUUUCAACAAGCCGGUGUCUUGAGGAUUCCUUGUGAAGUCUCCGUUUUCGAGAGCAUACUGAAGUUAAUGGAAGACAAGACCGAAGGGUACCUGGUGAUGACAACAACAACAACAGCUAAACAAGAGUGUUGGUUCAAUGCAGCAGCAGAAGACAAUACAAGUUAUCGGCAUCCAUCGGAAUGUCCUCGGACUCCUUCACACCAACCUCACAGCCCAAUGUGCAGAUAG